UUCGGCUUUCACUUCUCUCAACAACACAUCAUUCACUUCCUCAUCCGUACCGAUGUUAUAACGACCCUUUUUCUUCUUGUCUUCUUUUGGGACCGCCAGUCCUACUCUUGACGACUCUCUCUCGCGACCGCCUUUUCCUUUUUUUUUUCUUCUUCUUGAGCAUCAAAAUACCCCCUCCCAUGAGCCUCGGAUAGUGAACGACUUGGAGCUACUUGUUUUCUGUUUUAUUUACCGCCUUCUGUACAUCUUCGCCGGCUUUCUGUUCGUCUCUUUCUCGCCUCAUCUCAGCUGCUCGUCACCCAGUUUCGCCGUUGCGCGGCCAACCGCUUCUGUUGUACGGGUUGGAACUGCCCGUCUCGACAAGAGUCGCUCGAUCGGCAUAGACCGGCUUUGGGGGCUGGGGAAGAGCUCACUCGGAUCUUGUACCACCAUUCUCGACGCCCUAUACCCUCGGCUAGACCUAAUCCCCUUUCACCAUGGAAUGUCUUCGCGACAACUUCCACGAUGGCGUUCUGCUCAAUGGUCGGUAUCGGACCAUCUCCCCUCUCAACCACGGCUCCUUCGGCAUGGUCUUCAUGGCCAAGGACACCUUGACCGAUCAGACAGUUGCCAUCAAGUGCCUGACCAAGAAGUCUGCCGCGCCCGACGCUGACUUCGAGUUCGCCAUCGACGACAAGUCGGAAGAGCUCGCCCUGCACGGCCGACUCGGCUCGCACCCAAACAUUGUCAACCUCAAUGACUCGUUCGAGACGGAUGCGCACGUCUACCUGGUCUUGGAGUUCUGCUCGCGCGGCGACUUGUACGAGGCGAUCCGCAGCGGCCACGGUCCCCUGGAGACGGAACAUGUGAGACGCUUCAUGCUGGAGCUUGUCGACGCGGUUGAGUACAUGCACUCCAAGGGCGUCUACCACCGCGAUAUCAAGCCGGAGAACAUCUUCCUGACCCAGUCGGGGUCCAUGAAGCUGGGCGACUUCGGGCUGGCAACGACGGAUGAGUGGAGCUACGAGACGACAGUUGGCAGCGACCGCUACAUGUCCCCGGAGCAGUAUGACUCAGCCGGUGCUGGGUACUCGCCGGCUCAGGCUGACAUCUGGGCCAUCGGGAUCUGCCUCCUCAACAUCCUGUUCUCGAGGAACCCGUUCACCACGCCCACGGAGGCGGACCCUCUGUUCCUCGACUUCUCACGCGACAAGCAGUCUCUGUUCGACGUGUUCCCGUCCAUGUCGCAGGACACCUUCGAGGUUAUCGUGCAGUGCAUGAACCUCGAUCCCACCAAGCGCUCCCUGGCCGGAGCCCGUGACGCCUUGCUUCGCGUCGUCAGCUUCACCACUCUGGAUGAGGUUCUCGACGACUUCUGCUCCACCGACCGUCGCGUCGUUGCCAGCUCCAACCGCGAGCCCCUCCGCACGCCCUCGAUUCAGAGUCCGCAGGUCGACAACGGCGCCUUCCCGUGGGCCAAGGCCCUGCAGGCGACGCCCCCAAAGCCUAUCCGGCAGCUCAGCGCUAUUCCCGACGACGAGAUCUACGAGGAAGACUUGUUCUCGAAGUCGGGUGCGACGGCGGAUUGGAUGUCGGCUACGGCACAGACGCCCUCCAUGGCGUCGUAUAUGGACUCGAACCUUGGCACGUCGGCGCAAUCCUUCGCGCUGCCGUCCGACUUCCGUCCGGUCCUGCCAGCGAAGGCUACCGCAAAGUCGGACGCCCCUGUUGCCGGCUCCCUGCCCAUCACCAUGUCCAAGAACCGCGAUCAGUCGACCAUGUCGCUCUUGUUCGGGCGCAAGGAUGCCGUGUCCAAGAGCUGGAGCGAUUUGUGGGACGAGGAGUUCGAGGAAGAGGAGCAGGCUAGGCAGCUGCAGGCGCGCAAGGAGAUGAACUCGAGGACCUGGAGCCACGAGAGCGCUGCCGCAGCGUCUCUGGCCGCGGACAAUGACGACACGCCUCGACAAGGCCUGUCGCCCGCUACCAAGACGGCUACCGUUGCCAACGACGAGAACAAGAUCCCGUCUAUCGAUGGGGCCUUGAAUCACGCCGACGAGGACUCGGACGUAGACGGCCUGUUCCUCUACGAGGCUCCCCCGGCUAAGGAGGAGCCUCAGCCCCAGCUUCCGCGGAACACGGCACUCUCAUCACGACGCACCGACUUCGACAAGUGGGCAGCCCUUGGCGAGCGCCGACGGGCACAUGGGAGCAGCCCACCUCGCAAGGUCGUCAAUGUCUCUCUCCGCACGGGACGUCCGGUCGAGCCCACCCUCCCGGCAAGCUCUUCGGCAAAGGGACGAGGGCCGUUCAACAACAGUCAUGCCGACUCUCAUCAUCAACCUUUUUCUUCUGUUUCUGGGAACCACUCAACUCACCACAAUAACAACCAUUAUCAUUACCACCAUGGAAGGUGGAGCAACAACCGAGAUCGCGCCAAGGAGUGCCCGCGGCACAAGGGCCGCGACCGAGAUUGGAAUUGGAACUUCGAUUGGCGCAAAGAGAAGCGCCCUGGCUUCGGCUACCUCGAGUGGGUUGGUAACUGGCAGGCGGCCAGAUCCUAAGGGGACGCGGUUCGCUUUCGAGUGCCGGUUACCACUUGUGGUUGAGUCCACCAGCGCGACCACCAUCAUCCCUUCUUCGCUCAGUCAUCAGUCACU